AUGGCUUCUCUAAACUUAUCCAAAAACGAAAAAAUUAUGCAGAAAAUGGCCAAAAACCACACCGAUAAUCCUCUUAAAGAAUCCGAUAAAGACUGGACACCUACUUCAUCUGAGAGUAUAUCUUCAGAAUCUCAUUCCAACAGUAGAAAGAAACGGACAAUGAAAAAUUCAGGGAAAAAAGGCGCUAGUGAGGCCGUAAAUAAUUUUAAGAGGUUAUGGAGCGAUGAAGAUGAGAUAGCUGUCUUGGAAGGCAUGCUCGAGUAUGCAUCCGCAAGAAAUAUUAGCCCCUCAGUAGAUUAUAAUGCAUUCUAUAUUUUUGUGAAGGACCAAUUGCAAGUUGAAGUAAGCAAAAAUCAACUGAAAGACAAAGUUAAUAACCUAAAAAGCAAAUUUAUGAAAAAUGUUGCGAAAAGGGGCGCCUUUUCGAAGCCUCACGAGGAGAACUUGUUCAAACUGUCACAAAGAAUUUGGGAUGAUGACAACCAAAUUGCCAAAGAGAAGGGAGCAACUAAGGUUUACGAUGAAGUACCAAAAGUUGGUAAAAAGAUUGCUGCAAAAGAAAAGAACAAUUUGUGUGCUGGUAGUUCAGAACGAUAUUCAAGUUUGGUUUUGUACGGAGGAAGUGCUGCGGACCUGGAAGACUGGUUCAGGCAAAACCCUGGGCUGGUUAGCAAGGAGCAGAGGCAUGAAAUGUUGAUCAAGUCGCACUCCAUGAAGAUUGCUAGGGCUGAACUACAACUAAAUGAGAUAACAUUGAUGGAGGAACAAGUGAAUUUGAUGACUGAUGCUGUGAAAGCUUCUCAGGAAUGA